CUCGUCCAGAAGGUUCAAUCGCAGAAGGCUAUAUAGCUACUGAGUGCAUGACCUUUUGCUCACGAUAUUUAAAAGGCAUGAAAACCAAGUUCAAUCGUUCUGAGCGCAAUUUCGAUGGUGGUAUGAAUGAGUUUAAUGGUGGCUUGAAAAUAUUUAAUCAUCCCGGGAGAACAUUAGGGGCGGGCAGACAAUGUCAUUUGGACCCGAAUGAGCUUGAGCAAGCCCAUCUCUAUGUUCUAAAAAACUGUGAUGCAGUCCAAUCCUUUCUUGAAGAAUAUUCACAAACUGAAGCAAUUUCCUCACAAACUCUAUCGGAUAAAGAAUGGGAUAGUCAGUUCAUUGAAUGGUUUAAGACCAGAGUGUCUCAAAUGCAUAAAAGUGAUCAAAGCGAAGAAAUCAAAGACUUGCUUGCACUAUCUCGUGGUCCUACCCCAUACGUGACAAGUUAUAAAGGUUACCUUUGCAACGGAUACAGAUUUCAUAUAGAGGAACAUGAUAAAGGUUUAAGGACUCAGAAUAGUGGUGUGAUCGUUGUAGGAGAAAAUGGUAUUGAUGUUGAGAGCAUUGAUUACUAUGGGGUGCUCGUUGAGGUUCUUGAAUUGCAAUAUCUUAGAGGAAAACGGGUAGUUUUAUUUCGUUGUAAAUGGUGGGAUGUAUAUGAUAGACAAAGAGGAGUUAAAAUAGAUGAAUAUGGGAUUGUUAGUGUUAAUUUUCAUCGUAUUCUAAAAACGAAUGAGCCCUUUGUCUUGGCCAGCCAAGUUUCCCAGGUUUUCUAUGCCAUUGAUAAUAAUUACAAGGGUUGGCAUGUUGCGAGAAAAGUACAACCCCGUGACACAUAUUCAAUGCCAUUGGAAAUGGAAGAUGAUGUUGAAAACCUAGACCAUUUAAAUGCAGCAGUUCAAGAUGCUUUAUCAUCUUCUCCUAAUUUUGUUCCUACAACUAUGUCUAGUACUGAAGGUGAAAUUAGUUUGGUAAGAUGUGAUAUGGAGCAAAUCUCAACGAGUGAAAGUGCACCAAAACAGACAAAAAAGACGAAAAAAAGACAUCUUUAGUGCAGGUCAAAAUGAAUUUAAAUAGGCUUGGAAUGGCAAAGUCGACAAAGCCAAUAUUCAUUAAACCGGGCAUUCUGGGUGGAGGACUUGUAACACGUUCCUGGGACUAUACUAUGGAUACGAUGAACCAAAUGAAAAGGAAAAAAACAGAUAGCAUGGACCAAAUGAAAAGGCAAAAAACUGAUAAGGAACAUGCUGAAGAUGGUAGAAAAAGACCGAACAACUUGAAUGACAUGUCUAGAGGCAGCGGACUUGGAACGCCUUUGUGUAACUAUACUAUGGGUAUAGAUGCCUCAUUUUAUGAAAAUGAUGAUUGGGA